UAUAAAUGUCAAGGUUGGAGAUCAUUUUCGGUGGUAAAGGGUAAUGAAAGAGAAGCGGAGAACUAUUCAAUGCCAGAAGCAAUGGGACUUCUUUGGUGUACUUCAUUCAUAUCCGAGAAUAGUCUUGAGAUUGAUUACUGUCAUCUAUGGCGCAAUAACAAGCCAAAAUGUGACGAGAUUGUUACAAAAUUAAUGAUUGCAACAUUAAUCCUGGAGAUUGGCUCACUAAUUUGGGUGGCUAUAACUUUCUGCGCUUGCUGUUGCCGUGAAUUUUGGAUUUUCCUUCUACCGUUAGCAGCUUUUCUAGCCACAAUAACAUUAGCUAUUGCAAUAUUUAUAUACACUCGAAAUAAUAAAACUGCUUUUGACAUAUUGAACGAAAACAAAGAAGCUGCAUCAGAAACUUAUCAUGUCAAUUUCUUUUACAGCUAUUAUAUAGCCUGGGCUGCUUUGUCCUCGGCCAUUAUUUGCAUUCUGGUCGGUGCUCUUGUCAAGAAACUUGCUCAUGUCUGUUGCUAA